GGACCGUCCGCGGAGGCGGAACGUGCUGGCGCCCGGGCCCGGCUUCCGCGCAGCAGCCGAGCCGCUUUGGCAGGCGGCCCCGGGGACCCGGAGCGCCGGCGCGGACGGACCGCAGAGGUUGUUUGAAGGCCGCGGCGGACAUGGCGGCUCUGGCGGCUCCCCGCCUGCUCCGCCCGAUCCUGGCUCUGCGCUCCAGUGUGGGCGUGGCUACGCAGGUGCGUGGGGUCCACUCGAGUGUGGCCGCUGACAGCCCCAGCAGCACCCAGCCCGCUGCAUCCACGGCUAGAGCUGUGCUCCCCAAAUCUGCCGCCCUUCCCAGCAGCCGCGGCGAGUACGUGGUGGCCAAGCUCGAUGACCUGGUCAACUGGGCCCGCCGGAGCUCCCUGUGGCCCAUGACCUUCGGCCUGGCCUGCUGUGCGGUGGAGAUGAUGCACAUGGCCGCGCCGCGCUACGACAUGGACCGCUUCGGCGUGGUCUUCCGCGCCAGCCCACGCCAGUCCGACGUGAUGAUUGUGGCCGGCACGCUCACCAACAAGAUGGCCCCCGCGCUCCGCAAGGUGUACGACCAGAUGCCCGAGCCGCGCUACGUCGUGUCCAUGGGGAGCUGUGCCAACGGAGGAGGCUACUACCACUACUCAUACUCCGUGGUGAGGGGCUGUGACCGCAUCGUGCCCGUGGACAUCUACGUCCCAGGCUGCCCGCCCACGGCCGAGGCGCUGCUGUACGGCAUCCUGCAGCUGCAGAGGAAGAUCAAGCGAGAGAAGAAGCUGAGGAUUUGGUACCGCAGGUAGCGCGGCCCGGCCCUGGCCCCGCUCCGGCUCCCGUGGCUCCUGCCGCCUAUCCCCCCAACCCCGCUCUGGUCAAUAAACAGACAGAACUC